GGCAAAACCCUGCCAGUUCAGACUCUCACUCUGAGACCAACACUGCUGUGAGGAAUGCAGCUCCAGGCCCGUACCUGCAGAACCUGAGGAGAACCGGGACCACCUGAGAACCUUCAGUACAGCUGAUCAUCACUACAGAACCGCAGCUAGAAUACAGACUCACCCUGAUGGCUCCUGCUCGGAAGAAGCGGCGCACUAACGGCUCUGCAGCUUCUAGCAGCUCCUUCACCUUCGUGAAGUUCCAGAGUCAGGACUUCGAGAAGCUGCAGCAGAAAUACACAAACACAAAAGAGAAAUUCAUCGAUGAGAAAUUCCCCCCACAGAAACGCUCCAUCGGCUCCGGCCUGCUCUCCAAAAAGCAGAUGGAUAAACUGGUGUGGAUGAGGCCCUCGGAACUGGUGGAGGACCCGCGUCUGGUUGUUGAUGGAGAGUCCAGGUUUGACUUCGCUCAAGGAGAACUUGGGAACUGCUGGUUUCUGGCUGCGAUCGGAGCGAUCACGUUUCAGAAGGAAAUCAUGGAUAAGAUCGUUCCGGUUGAUCAGGCGUUUGGACCGGGUUAUCCGGGAGUCUUUCACUUCAGGUUUUGGAAGGCUGGGAAGUGGAUCGAUGUUGUGAUUGAUGAUAAACUGCCGACGAUUGAUGGAGAGCUGAUUUUUCUCGACUGUAAGACUCGGAAUGAGUUCUGGCCGGCACUGCUGGAGAAAGCGUACGCCAAAGUCUGUGGUUCGUACGCGGCGCUGCACGGCGGGUUUAUAUCAGACGCUCUGAAGGCUUUCACCGGGGGAGUGCAUAAGUUCUUCAGUCUGGGUGAAGCUCCGGAUAUACUGUGGGAUCUGAUGGAUAAAGCAGCCCGGUGUGGAGCCCUCAUGGGCUGUGGAACUCCUCCAGGGCCGACAUCCGCCAACACAGUGUUACCCAAUGGUAUAGUUCAGGGCCACGCCUACACCGUCACUGGAGUCACCAAGGUAAAGACUCCGAAUAAAGAGGUUAAACUGGUGCGGAUCUUUAACCCGUGGGGAGAAGGAGAGUGGAACCAAAACUGGAGCGAUAAGUCUUCUCUGUGGAAACAGGUGAGUGAGGAGGAUCGUAAACGCUGGCUGGACAAUAAAAACGAUGGAGAAUUCUGGAUGUCGAUGAAAGAUUUCUGCAAAUAUUAUUCAGAUCUGGAUAUCUGCUGCAUCAGCUCCACCUUCCUGGAUGAAUAACCUCCUGUUUCUAAGUCCUGCCAUACCCAGUGCUAACCGCUAACACAGCGCUAAACUAGUCCUAAAAGAUAACCCAGCACAAACUGCUAACUCAGCGCUAAAUGCUAACCCAGUGCAAUCUGCUAACACAGUGCUAACCACUAACCCAGUGCUAAACUAGUCCUAAAAGAUAACCCAGCACAAACUGCUAACUCAGCGCUAAAUGCUAACUUAGUGCUACAUGCUAACCUAGCUCAAGCCACUAACUACUGACUCAUCACUAAUCACUAACCCAGUGAAAACCCACUAACCUAGUGCCAAACGCUAACCCAGUGUAAACCGCUAAUUGCUAACCCAGCGAAAACCACUAACCCAUCGUUAAACGCUAACCCAGCCCAAACUGUUAACCCAGCGCAAACCGCUGACCCAGUGCUAACUGCUAACCCAGUCUUAGCUGCUAACCCAGUGCUAACCAUAACCCAGCACAAUACGCUAACAAAGCGCUAACCCAGUGCAAACCGCUAACCCAGUACUAACUGCUAACCCAGCGCCCACCUAGUGCUAAAUGCUAAUCCAGCAAAAACUGCUAACAUGGUGCUAAACACUAACCCACCACAAACUGCUAACCCAUCAAUAACCAAUAAACGCUAACCCAGCACAAACCACUAACCCAGUGCAAACUGAUAACCCAGUGUUAACUGAUAACCCAGUGUUAACUGCUAACUCAACGCUAAACGCUAACCCAGCGCUAACCUAGUGCUUAAAGCUAACCCAGCACAAACUAACCCAUCGCUAACCGCUCCCUAUGUCCGUAAAUUGCUUUUUAUCACUGGAUAAUUAAACGUGCCUGAUCAUACACAGCAAAUCCCCUCAGCUCUGAUUUACAUAAUCUACAUUCACCUCCAGAUAAACACAUUUAACCCCAGCGUAUUUAACCCUGCAGAUCAUUAUUAACCCUUUAGUUUACAGAUAAUCCCUCCAUCAUCACCUUCACUCUGCCCUGAUCAUCAUCAUCAUCCUCAUCAUCAUCACUCAUCCUAAUAAACCAUUACCAACCCAGA